CAUUCAUUUCAUUCAUCAAGUUGUCAUUUUAUUUGUCAGAUCGUAUCGUGGACAUUUUAGAAAAUAAAUAAAACAAUACGUAGAUAUUCCCUGUUACGACUAGUGUUAUAGUUGCUGUCAUAAUUUUCGAAUUCUUUGUGAUAUAAAUAUCAUCAAAAUGCCUUGCCUAAUCAUCUUCGAAAACGAUUUCAUUACUGGGCUGGAUUGCACCGAUGUGUCGUCAUUAAAACGUGAUAUUUCUCAUAAACAUGGUGUUCCUGUAGAAGAUUUGUUUGCUACUCUUAACGGGAGGCCAGUGUCUGAUGACUACGACAUCACCACAACUAAUAAUGUCGUCAGAUUGUCAACCAAGUUGGUUGGAGGGAAAGGUGGAUUCGGAUCUAUGCUGCGUGCUAUUGGAGCCCAAAUCGAGAAAACCACUAACCGUGAAGCUUGUCGAGACCUUUCCGGGCGCAGACUGCGUGAUAUUAACGAAGAAAAGAGGCUAAGAAAGUGGUUGGAAGGCCAAGAAGACAGGGAGAAGGAAGCCGUUGAGAGAAAACAGAAGAAACUUGAGAGGCUUGUUGCUGAGCCAAAGAUUGAAGUAAACUUACACCCAGCUUACGAGAAAGAGCGAAAAGCAUUACCUGAGCGCGUCAGUUCAGCUGUAGAGGCUGGUUGGCAGGCUGCAGAGUCUUCCAGCAGUGUAAAGCGAAAAGCUGAGGAUGAGAAAGCCAAACCUAAGAAGGCUAAACUGUGGAUAGAUGCAGAGCUGUCAGACUGUUCAUCAUUGAGUGAUGAUGAAGAGGAAGAAGAAGAAAAAUCAUCAAGUCCUGGCCAGCAGGUGUCAACCGACAGUGGAAAUGAGUCUGAUAAGGUGUCUGUCAGUAAUACAUGAGAUAAAAAUGAUUGUGAGGACCUUGAAGGAAUGGACUAGUGUAGUUUGAUUUAGUUUAAUAAUAACUGUAAAUAUGUAUUGUGAAUAUCUGAGGAAGUGUUAUCCUGGAUAGAAGGAUUGUUUUGAAUUUAGGAAUGGACAUUAGAAUGUAUGUGUAUCAAUUCAGUUCUUAUUGUGUCACAAUAUUUUAAUGUGUUUUAAAAUCUUUUAAGAAGAUGAUUUCAUUUUGUCUCAUUGUGUGACUUUGUAAUUUUUGGUGUGGAUAUUUAUCCCUAAUUUUGUGUAUGUAAAUUAAACCUUAAUUAUUAAAACCACAUGAAAAACAAUAUUUGUAUGAGAAUACUUGAUGUCUGAUACCUUAUGAUACUUUAAAUGUUUAUGUAAUUAAAAUCUUAGUUUUUAGUAAAAAAUUUUCAAACAUUGACCAAUAAAUGGUUUUAACAACAAA